AUGUCACCGGUGCUGGGUGUGUCCUUCCUGGCCCUGGUCCUAUCAGGAGGAGCCUGGGCGUUUGCUCCCAUUGGGGGCGGAACCUCCACCCACGUCAGCAUCACGGGAACGGCCGUGCUACAGAAGGUCACGGACGUGUGCCGAGCCAUCGCCGAGACAGAGGGACGAGACUUCACCCCCACGGGUAACUCUGCAGAGGAGCUGGUCCAGGCCUGCCUGGGACCCAAAGCAACAGGUGAAGUGUCAGCGGCUAAGUUCAAAUCUGCCCUGAAUGAGAUCUACGUACAGAACGGACAGGUGGACAGAGACUAUGUCAACAGCCCAGCCCAUCACUUCAACUCUGAGGCGUUUGCUGAGGGCCGGCGCCUUAUAACUGAUGGGGUGGCCAGCAUCAAGGCCAACGUACAAAUGGAGAACUUCCAGGCUGCCAGAGAGACACUGGGGAGAGUACUACACACACUACAGGACUUUUACAGCCACAGUAACUGGGUGGAUCUGGGAUACACUGAACCCUACGCCAACCUGAUCCGCCCCGAUCUCCCACUGGAAAACCUGGCAGAUGUCAGCACCCCGACCUGCAGUGACUGUGUCAGUGGGGGGUUCUGUUCCAACUCCAUCCUGCCUAACAUCCUUAACGAGAAGAAACUCACCUCUGGGUACAUGGGGAUCUUCUCUGCAGCUAAGCCUAAAGGUAAGUGUAGUCAUGGCGGUGCAGCUGACCUGACCAGCUCUGAGGCUCCUCGCGGGGGAAUCAGCAAGGACGAGCGUCGCUCUGACAACGUGGCCCUGCACACCGCUGCUGUCACCGUGGCAACGACCGCCACCCUCCAGCUGCUGGAUGACAUCCGGGGCGCCGCCGGUGACAACAACUACCUACGCUUCAUGGGCAUAGCGCGAUCGUCAGUGGUUGCUUUUGUGAUCGACACUACGGGGAGCAUGAAGGAUGAUAUCCUUGAAGCCAAACGAGUCGUCAAUGAGAUCAUCGACAGCAAGAAGGGAACGCAGGAUGAGCCCUCCCAGUACAUCCUGGUCCCAUUCAACGACCCAGGGUUCGGACCCCUGAUUAGAACGACAAACCCUGAUGUUAUGAAAACAGAGAUCGCUAAACUCAAGGCUGAUGGAGGCGGAGACCUCCCUGAGAUGUGCCUAUCAGGCCUACAGUUGGCGCUGACCGGUGCCCCUGCGUCGUCCCACAUCUAUGUUUUCACAGAUGCCGUUGCCAAGGACAUUGCGUUAAGGGACACUAUCGUGGCCCUGAUCAGGAGCACCAAGUCAACCGUGUCUUUCUUCAUGACUGGUGAUGGUGCUGGUGCUAGAAGGAGGAGGCGUGGGGUAGAGUCCAGGGCAGCUACAUUCGAGACCUACAAGGACCUGGCGCUGGCGUCUGGUGGUCAGGCCAUUGGAGUCACCAAAGACAAUCUGCCCCAGGCCACUGACGUCAUCAUCGACUCCUCCACCUCCGCUCUGGUGACAGUCCUACAGCGAGCGAGGAACCCAGGCAAAGCUGAGACGUUCUCCUUCCUGCUGGACGAGUCUCUGAACAACAUCACCAUCUACAUCACUGGAAAGACCCUCACCUUCACCCUGAAGAACCCUGAAGGUGUGACCCAGAAACAGAAUGAGACCAACGGGAAACUGGGGACUGUCCAGACGGUGGGCAACCUCUACAGGGUCCGUCUGGCCUCCAACAAACAGACAGGAUUAUGGGAAAUCAGCAUGAACUCCAACCAGCCCUACACACUGAAGGUCACGGGUGAGUUACCAUAG